CUUUUUAAUAUAUAUUAAAUUUUUUCUUAAUAUAUAUUAAUUUUUUUUUUAAUAACAAAUAAAAAUGGAUGAAGAUGAAUUAAAAAUAUUUGAAGACUUACAAAAAUCAGCAGAAUGUCUAGUUUGUAACAAAAUAUCAACAAGUCUGCUGAUCAGUCGCUGUGAACAUAUAUUUUGUGAGAGUUGUGUAAGUACACUACUGAAAAGGCGAAUUGUUAGAUGCCCCAAAUGCAAAAAGAAUUUGAGUAAAAGGAUGUUCAGUAAAAAUGAAGCUAUUUCAGGUUUAAUUUCAAUUCUACUCGCUUACAAAAGUAAUUCCAAUGAAAAUAGUGAACAUGCCAGAGAAACAGAAAAUGAACCUGGUACCGAAUCGAAUUUGGUAGUUAGCAACCAAGACAUUGAAAAAUAUAUGAAUGAAAAAAUUAAAAGUUGCCAAAUAGUUGUAGAUGAUGAUCAGUCUGAUAUUAAUAAAAACAGUAAUAUAAAUUAUGACCAAAACUCUCAAGAUUUCAUAGAUGAUUUUAUUUCUAUAAGUCAAAUACCUAAUGUUCCUCCUCCAAAAAGAGAUGUAUCACCUCUUAGACUGCCAAGAAAUAAAAUUAAAACACAAGACAAAGUUACCUCUUGGUUGAAUUAUCAUGGAACUGAUUUUCUUGAAGCUGAUCCAUCAAUAUCAACGCCUUCAAAUUUUAUGGAAGAUGAAAUCCCUGAUAAGGCUGCUGUACCAACGUUUACUGAUGCUAAACAGUAUCAAGGGCCAAAAAGCAAAGGUAAUGCUAAAAAAACCGGUGGAUUGUCAAAGGAAUCCAAAAAUAAGGAAGAUGGAAAUUUGAGUAAAAUAGAUAUGGAAUGUGCUGUUGAAUUAAAAGAUUGUUUCGAGAACAAACACAAUGAUGUACCUAAUAAAAGAGGUGUGACAAGACGUAGUUUAACCAGAAAUAAAAUAAAACAGACAAAUGAAAAAAUAGUAUCUGAUUCAAAUGUAAAUCAUGAAAAAUCAGUUGACAUGGAAGUUGAUGAAUUAAAUGUUGAUAAAGGUCCUAUUAUCAAACAAAAUGAUGAUAAUUUGAAAUUAAGUAACAGAAAAUAUAGCAAUGAAAUCAAUAUUGAUAAUUCAAGGACCAAUAUUGUUGAAGAAAAUGUGAGUAGCACAAAAGACAACUCUCUCGACAAUCUGCAGGUAAAAACAUCUGUUAAAAACAGUGUUAUUUCAAAAAUAAGUACAAAUGUUGACCAAUCUAAAGAUAACGAGGUUUUAAGUGGCAAUCUUUUUUCAAGUGCUGAAACAUCUACAUUUAAAUUUAAAGUAUCAAGAACUACACAAGUAAUUAAAUCAGAUACAAAAAAAGGUAGCAUUAGUAAAGAGCGGAAAACAUUUUCUUUAGAAGCAAAUACAGAAGAUUUACAAAAUAUUAAUGAUAACAUUACUGUGAAUACUGAAGAUGCUUUGACAUUAAUUUUCAAUCAAUGCAAUAGAAGACCCAAUAAAUUGGGAAUUGAAAAAACUGCUCUAUUAAAUAGUAAGGAAAAUAUUGUUUGCAGGUUUGUUAAACCACUUAAUCUAUUACCAAGGAGUUUUAGAAGAAGUCUAAUUUCAAAUCCAGAACCAGUUUUAUUUUUUCUUAAGGGUUCGUUGGAUGCACCAAAGAUAGUACAUAAAGAUGUAGGUAUGCAAUGUACACUUAUCAAGAACAAUAAAGAAACAAUUUUAAAACAAACAGCAAAUGUUCAAACACAAACAGAAGAAAUUCAACUUAAUUUUAAUAAUGCAUCAUCUUGUAAUAAAAAUGCCACAGAAAAUAAUUUACACAAGACAGGUUUAGUUAAGGAAAUUAAUGUAUAUAAAGAUAUUAGAAAUGAAUCUCAAGAACAUAAUAAAAUAGAAUAUAUAGGCAAUGACUUAAUGUCCAAUACAUACACAAAGAAAUGUAAUUCAUCACUAAGCGAGAAUGCAGAAGACACAGAAGAUAUUCUUGAAGUAACAAAUGACAUACAUAAAAGAUUUAAUCAGAAAAGUAAAGAGAAAUCAUUAUCACCAAGUUAUGAUUUACCAGACGACACCCUUGUAGCUGAAACAAGCAAACCUGAAAUAUUAUUAGAAAGUGAUCAAAUUGAAAAUGUCAUGGGAAUUUUGAAAGAAAAAUAUUCAUGCCAUGAUGAUGAAUUUGAAGAAACUACAAUGAAAAAUCAAGGAGACACUUCUAAGUCAUCUAAAAGAAAACGUGAAGAAAAAGAAAUUGAUGAAAGGGAAAUCAAUAUUCCAGCAAGUGGAGGAAACACAUCCUUUUCUUCUGAUUCUGAUAUACAAUCAUGUUUACGGCCUGUUAAAUCAGUACAACUACCUGACAUGUCCGAUGACGAAAUGGUAAUGGAUGAAAAUAUGACGGUUAAGUUUAUUUCUAUGCAGGAUUCAGAGAAUGAUGACACAAAUAUCAUAAAAAAACGUAAAGUGCAACAAUUGAUUUCUAGUGGAAGUUCAUCAAUGAAGGAGAAUAAACAUAACAAUCCACUUGAAGAAGACAGUGAGCCAAUGGAUUAUGAUGAUAUACUAUCGACAGUAUUUGCCAAUAUUGAUGCUGAAUUAAAUACUGGUUCUAAAGAAGGUCAAGACGAAGAUCUAGAAACAAGAAAAGAAAAUCCACAGUCUAAAGUUAAGCCUAAUACUCUUAACAAGGAGUAUAGUUCUAAUAGAAGUCCUAUGAAGCAGAUUUUAAGUAAAAACAUACAAAAGCCUGCUAUUUUGUGUUCAUCGACUCCUAAAAUUAAUAGUAAAUCUAACAAUAGUGCAGAAAGAAGGUCUUUAGAAAUCUCCAUAAAUACUCUUGAUAAAACCGCUGAUCUUGAUAAAAUAGUAAGUGCUAUAGAAUGCAAUUAUAUGCAGAAAGAAUUGGACACUCAGAACCAAACCGAUAUUCUGAGCGAAUUACAAAGGAAUAUGUGCAGAAGUGAAACAGAAAAUGAGGGAUCACAGAUACCGCAAUCACUUUUCAGAUCUUCAUUAGUAAAACAAGGGCCUUAUUCAAAAUCAAGAAGGUCAUUAAUUUACCAAGACAUCAAACAAAACAAAUCCCCUCAAAUUAUGUUCAAAUCUCCAAAAGAUACAUUGAAUGAAACCAUUAGCACUAUAGUGGACUAUCCAAAAGAAAACACUGAACCAUUUAUAUCAUCAUUGAAUAAAACUAAUACUGAACCAGUUGAGAUGGAAAUUUCAUCUUCUUUAGAAAAUCAUCAAAAUCGAGCUUUAAUGCAGCAUACAUUUGAUGUUAGAGAGAAAAAUGUAGAAAUAGUUGAAAAUACUGAAAUAUCUGAGACAAGGUUAGAACCAGAAAUAGACUUUGUGCCAAGUUCCAUGGAGACCAAACCAAUUUGCUUAGCUUGUAGUUGCUUGUUGCAAGAUGAUAUAAUCUUAGUGAAAAAUUUUGCUGAUCGAUUCAAUCUAAAAUUUGUCAUGCAAUAUGAGGACUCAGUCACGCACCUUAUUGUAAGAGUGAAUAAAGAAAAUUGUGCUGAAAGGUCACUAAAAUUCAUAAAUGCUAUGGUAUCUGGAAUAUGGGUUCUAAAUAAGAACUGGAUAAGCGAUAGUUUAGCAAAAAAAGAACUUCUUCCAGAAUACAAGUACGAAGUAUUGGAUAUUUCAUUAGAACCUGGACCAAAAAGAAAUCGAAUUUCAUUACCAAAAUCAUUGUUCAUAAAUAUUAAAGUUUUUGUGAUUGGACCUUUUCAUAGCACAAGUGUAGACGAGUUCAAAUUGUUAUUGAGAAAUACUGGAGUUAUGAUUCAAAACAGUCAUAUUAGUGCGCAAAUUGUUGUAAUGGAUGAUGGAGAGCAUACUAAAGAAGAAAUUGAAGAAACCUAUAAACAUUGCACUAAACCUAUAGUGGAUAUGGGAUGGUUCCUGGAUUGCAUUUGUCGUGGCCGUUUAGUGAAAAUAACAGAACAUUUGCUACUACCUGAUAUAUCAGAAAUUAAUCUGAAAAACUAUCCUUCACAAAUAUUCCAAGAUACAGAACGGCUUUAGUAGUAGUUGAUUCAGUGCCAUUACUGAUAUUAUGAUGAACAUGAGAGAUAUAUAUGUGAAAUAUAAUGUUAUG